ACUGCCCCUGAUCCAGGUCCCCUCCCCCCUCAGGCUCGUCGUCUCUGUUUCUUGCCUCCUUUCCCCUGUCUCCCUCCUCCCUUGGUCUUACUUUCCAGGCGGCGACGACUGGGCAAGCGGCGGCGCCAUUCGUCACGUCUUCGCCCGGUUCUUUGCCGGCGACGAGCAUCCACCAGACAAGGGAGAGCUUCUUAGUUCCCAGAUAGAGCUGUUAACCUGCACGAGUAGCAGAUGGCAAGGAUAAAGCCCAAGCAAUUGCUCAUUCAAAGCAAAACGAAGAAGGCUCCUUCUCGAAUCAGUUACUCAACUAUCAUCACAUGGAACCUGAUUGUCGUCUUGGUUGUGCUAUCCCUCUAUGCCACUUACAGGCAUUGGCAUCAAAGGUCGGCCCAAGACAUUGAAAUGGAUCUUCAUCAAGCUGAGCUUGCUGUGAGACCAGAUGAUUCAAAAAUGACAAGUAGACCGGGAUUUGCAGUAAUGAACACUGGAAAAGGCCCAAUUACUAUAGAAAUAUACAAAGAUGCUUCUGCUCAUGUUGUGGAUAGAUUUAUCAACUUGUGCAAGAGAAAUCACUUCAAAGGAAUGCCAUUCCGCCAUAUCAUAAAAAAUUUUGUGAUUCAAGGUGGUGAUUUCGAUUUUGAUGGAGCUGCCCAAGAAUGGAUAAAAAAAGCUAAAGCCAGUGGGAAGAAUGAUCUCAGUCCAAAGCACGAGGCAUUUAUGAUUGGGACUGCUAAGAAUCCUAAUAACAAAGGAUUUGAUUUGUUUAUCACGACUGCCCCAAUUCCUGAUUUGAAUGACAAGCUUGUUGUAUUUGGGCGAGUCAUCAAGGGAGAAGAUAUUGUUCAGGAGAUUGAAGAAGUUGACACCGAUGAGCAUUAUCAGCCAAAGACUCCCAUAGGCAUCAUGAAUAUAAUACUAAAACAGGAGCCAUGAGCUGAUACUUUUUGGCAGGCGCAUGUAUAUGAAAACCUUAACUACCUGCCUCCCUACUCUCUGUAGUACACUAGUAUGAAAAGGUCCAUACGUCUCAUUGAGUUGCUGUUGUAUUGAUGCCGUGCCUGUUGAUGGGAUCCUUCCUUUGGACGUCCAUGAGUUGCAGAUUGUGACGGCAUGUUCCAUGAGUUCCGUGCGGUAUUUGUGUGUAAACAUCACCUUUGCAGUUUUUUGCCGUCACUUGCGAGCAUAAAUGUUGUGCAGCUA